AUGAGCAGUGCCAGUAACUCACUGGCACGGGAAUUCUUGACUGAUGUCAACAGACUGUGCAAUGCAGUGGUACAGAGGACAGAAGCCAAGGAAGAUGAAGAAGAAGAAACUCAUAUGGCAGCACUGGGACAAUACUUAGUUCAAGGCCGUGGGUUCAUUUUGCUUACCACUCUGAACUCAACUAUUGAUCAGGUACUGACAUGUCGAGAAGAACUUCUCACCCUCCUCCUGUCACUUCUGCCAUUGGUGUGGAAGAUCCCUGUCCAAGAAGAAAAAGCAAUAGAUUUUAAUAUACCCUUUACAGUAGACAUAUGUCUGACCAAAGAGAAUAAUUCAAGUUCAGUAAAAUCUACUCAGGAAAAACCAAACUUAGAUGGAAGCACUCAUUCUUCUCUUCAGACUUCUGUAAAACUCAGUCUUCGGUCUCGAAAAAGCGGACGUCUGCGCAAAACCACUCACCGUUACUCUGUGCGAGAUGCAAGGAAAUCUCAGCUGUCCACUUCAGAUUCUGAAGGCAAUUCUGAUGAAAAGACAACUGUAACAACAAAACACAGGCGCUCCCAGAUACUUCAGCCUUUUUUAACAUAUCCGGUUAGGGACAGCUAUGCUGCAGGUAGAAGUGAUGGCCUACCUGCACAAGUGGUACCAAAUUCUAAUCCUGAUGCCCCUAAUUUAGAACAUUCCAGCAAAAUUAUUCCAGCACAUGAGCUCAACCCAGAGAUUUCGAAUGAGCCAGCUGCAGGAACUUCUAGGAGCAGCACAGAAAACUCUCCCUUUGACCUAUGCCAUGUCUUACUGUCUCUCCUAGAGAAAGUGUGCAAAUUUGAUACUGCUUUGAAUCACAGCUCUGCUCUUUCAGCCAGUGUGGUGCCCACAUUGACAGAGUUCUUAUCAGCAUUUGGUGACUGCAAUGUAAGUAGUAGCACAGAAAACGAAGUAGUUUCUGCAGGGUGGACAGAAGAACCUGUGGCUCUGAUACAAAGGAUGCUCUUUCGAACAGUGCUGCAUCUUAUGUCUUUAGACAUUAGCAAUACAGAGACAAUGCCUGACAAUUUACGAAGAAAUUUAACCGACUUGCUUAAAGCAGCAUUAAAAAUCAGAACUUGCUUGGAAAAGCAACCUGGUCCUUUUUCUCCAGAGUACAAGAAAACACUACAGCAGCCAGUUCAGGAUGACUACAUAUUUUCUAGAUAUCGUCACAGAGCCUUGCUUCUACCUGAGGCUGUAGAAGGGGUCUUGCAGAUUUUGAUCUGCUGCCUACAGAGUGCAGCCUCCAAUCCAUUCUACUUUAGCCAAGCUAUAGAUCUGGUUCAUGAGUUCAUACAGCAUCAGGGAUUUAAGCUGUUUGAAGUAACAGUGCUUCAAAUGGAGUGGCUGUGCAUGAAGAAUGAGGGAGUACCUGGGGAAGCGUCAGAGCAUCUGAAAGCCUUAGUCAACAGCAUCAUGAAAAUAAUCAGCACUGUCAAAAAAGUGAAAUCAGAGCAGCUCCAUCAAUCAAUGUGUACAAGAAAGCGGCACAGACGAUGUGAGUACUCUCACUUCAUGAAUCACCACAGAGAUCUCUCUGGGCUCUCUGUAUCAGCUUUUAAAAACCAAGCUUCCAAAACCCCUUUCGAAACUGCUGAUGGAGAAGUUGUUUAUCCUGAGAGAUGCUGUUGCAUUGCUGUUUGUGCACACCAGUGUUUGCACUUGUUGCAACAAGUUUCUUUGAGCAGUACCUGUGUUGAGAUUCUCUCGGGUGUACAUAGCGUAGGAAUAUGUUGUUGUAUGGAUCCAAAGUCUGUGAUCGUCCCAUUGCUCCAUGCUUCCAAGUUACCAAUAUUAAAAAACUUUCAACAGCACAUACUAAACAUCCUUAACAAGUUUAUAUUGGAUCAACUGGGUGGAGCAGAAGUCUCACCAAAAAUUAUUCAGGCGUCAUGCAAUAUAUGUACUGUAGACUGUGAUCAACUUGCUCAACUGGAAGAUGCCUUGCAGGGCAAUGCUAGUGAUGCUAGUCUUGUGUCUAGUCCCUCUUGCAGAGUUCAGGGAAUUCUGCCUAGCACUGGAUCUGAAGAUAUGUUGUUGAGAUGGCAUGCAUUGGAGGCUUACCAGGACAUUGUUUUUGAAGAAGACAAACUACGUGGCAUGCAGGUUGCAAGCCAUAUUUGCCACUUAAUUCAAAAGGGAAAUGUAGUGGUCCAAUGGAAACUAUAUAACUGUAUUUAUAAUCCUGUGCUUCAGAGAGGAGUUGAGCUAGCUUGCCAUGCUCAACAACAGCUCGGACUAAGUACAGCUGAUAAACACACAUGCAGUCACCAUAGUCAGAGUUUGCCUUCUGAAGUACUUCAGGUUUAUUUGCAGAUGCUCCCCGUGUUGCUUAAAUCCAGGGUAAUUAGAGAUUUGUUUCUGAGUUGUAAUGGAGUGAAUCAAAUGAUUGAGUUAAAUUACUUAGAUACAUUGAGAAGCCACUCUUUGAAAGUGUUAGAGACUCUGAUACUCUGCCUUGGUGAUCAGCAGAAAGACCAUGCAAUGCCAGAACUGGAAGGCCUGGACAGCGAACAAAAGGAAUCUACAUCUGACUUGCCUACUUCUCUUUGCAGCCAGCAUGCUGUUUCAGAAGUUCCUCAAAGCCUGAGCAAGUUUUAUGCUGGCUUGAAAGAAGCUUACCCCAAAAAGAAAAAGUUUGUGAGCCAAGACAUUCAUGUCAACACAAUAAAUCUGUUCCUCUGUGUUGCUUUUUUGUGUGUCAGUAAAGAAGCAGAUGGUGAUCUGGAUUCAGCUAAUGACUCUGAAGAUACAUCAGGAUAUGAUAGUACAGCGAGUGAGCCAUUAGGCCACAAAUUACCCUAUCUGUCACUGGAAAGCCUUACUUUGCCCUCUCUGGAACAUAUUCAUAGGGCUGCGGAUAUUUGGUCCAUGUGUCGUUGCAUCUAUUUGUAUAGUUCAGUUUUCCAGAGACAGUUCCAUAGACUUGGAGGCUUUGAAGCAUGCCAUAGAUUACUAAUUCUGAUCAUUCAGAAACUUGCAAAAAUUAAGGAAAAGGAGCAAGAAAAGAGGGAGAAAGUAUUAAGUGUAAGCAGCAGAAGUUCGCAUGGGAGUCCUCGUGCUGAGCUUCUCAACCAGAAUGACUCUGUUCAGCUGGCUAAAAACAGAGAGGUGACGCAAUUGGAGCUUGAUAGUUCUGGCAGUUUUGCUGGUGCAGAACAGCUGGUGUCUGACUCUGUCUCCUGUGACAGCUCUUUGAGUAGGGAACACACUUCAGUUACUUCAGUUGCUAAUCUUGAAGAGAUAAAGACUUCUGUAAGAGAAGAGACUGAGUGGGCACUUCAAGGUAUCAGACUUCUAGAAGCUUUGCUGACAAUCUGUCUGCAUAGUGCAAGCACCAUGCAGCAGAAGAUGGAAGUGGAGAUGUUUCACCAGAACACCGGUGUGGAUGAUAUCUUACUUGAAAUAAGAGAGCAGCUUGCUCAAUCAAAAGUGAUAGAAACUGACUUGGCAAAGCCUCUGUUCGAUUCACUGCUUCGUGUUGCAUUGGGCACUUUUUCUGCUGAUCUGGAUCAUCCUGAAGAGAAAAUUGAGAAGACCCAUUACACUGAGAAGGAGCCUGUGACACAACCUGAAGAAACUUCUGAAGAGACUGAAGAAUUGCAGUGCUCUAGUCUUAAACUUUUUGCUGAAGAGGAAGGAUAUGAAGCAGAUAGUGAAAGUAAUCCUGAUGAUAGUGAAACCAAGAAUGAAGGAGCAGACACAAAGGCAGAACCAGGAUGUACUGGUCCUUCAGGUUAUUUUAAUGACCUAGCUGAAAACAUCAGUCAAGGAGAAUUAAUGUAUCCUGAAAUCUGCAUGUUGGAAUUAAACUUGCUCUCAGCUGGUAAUGCAAGUUUAGAUGUGCUUGCUCAUGUAUUCCAAAGCUGCCUGAAAAUCAUCAACCAGAAGGAGAGAAAUGCCACUGUACUUAUAGAACAGGGAGCUGUUAAACAUCUUUUGGGAGGAUUUCUGAAUAUAUUGACACAAACAGAAUCUAGUUUUCAUGCAUGUCAGAUGGUGCUGGUAGAUCUGCUAGUUUCCUUGAUGAGUUCACAGACAUGUUCAGAAGAGCUAACUCUUCUUCUGAGGAUAUUUUUGGAGAAGACACCUUGUACGGAGAUACUACUCAAGGGUGUAUUGAAGAUCAUAGACACUAAUAUUCAUAUGAACCCAUUGCAGUACCUUGCCUUCCCUUUGCUACAUGGCACAAAUUUGAGUAGUAGCUCUUCACAAAAAUCUGCUGGCACUUCCAAUGGCAAAACUGCUGGACUAGUGAAAAGGGGAAAGUUUUCACAGAGUAAGAAAGAGGCAGAUGGUGAAAACUUGAGUCACCAACUGCUUUCUUCAUGGCAUGUAGCCCCAAUUCACUUGCCUUUAGUUGGACAAAACUGUUGGCCACACAUGUCUGAUGGCUUCAGUGUCUCACUGUGGUUUCAUCUGGAGUAUGCUCAUGAAACAGAAAAUUCAACAGAAAAGGGGAAAAAAGUCAGGAGAAGAAGCAGACUCGUAGCUGUAAGAGAGAACAGUUUUGACAGCACAGAAGAAAUGAAGUCUAUAGGAAUGGAAUACCUAAGCCUGGGAGAUAAACUUGUUGAAGAUGGCUGUAUUCAUAUCAUUUCACUGGGUUCCAAAGCACUGAUGAUACAAGUCUGGGCAGACCUGAACACGGGAGCAUUCAUAUUUCGCAUGUGCAUGGAUCCAAAUGAUGAGAUGAAAGCUGGUCUGCUGGCACAGGCUGAAUCUCCAGAGAAUGUUUUCCUUGUGGGCAGGUGGCAGCACUUGGCAUUAAAGUAUCUGCAGAAGCCAGAAGGCAAGAAAAAUUUCCAUGGAAAGCUGUUGCUGUGGGUUUCUGGUCAGAGGAAGUGUGAGAUAAAUUUAGAUUAUGCACUACCAAGGAAAACAAGUUUAUCUGCUGACAGUAAUAAAACGUUUUGUAUGAUUGGCCAUUGUACAUCAUCUCAAGAAGAAUUGCUUCGACUGUCGGGUAGAUGGAAUCUUGGAAAUCUGCUCCUGUUUAAUGGUGCAAAUAUUGGACCAGAGGAAGCAUUUUACUUAUACACAUGUGGGCCAGACUUCACAUCUGUAAUGCCUUGUAAAUAUGGCAAAACAUUGACUGACUGCUCUAAGUACAUAAGUAAAGAGAUUCUACAAUGUGAACAAAUUAAGGAGCUCAUCAUGACAAAAAAGGAAGUGGAUGUUGGACCUUUAAUUGAGAGUCUUGCUGUUGUUUAUACCACAUGCUGCCCUGGUCAGUACACCAUAUAUGAACCUGUUAUUAGACUGAAAGGUCAAGUGAAAACUGUGCCUUCUCAGAGACCUUUCAGUUUGAAAGAAGUUCAAAGCAAUGUAUUGGACUCUCAUCACCUGAAAACACUUCAGCCUGUGGAAUAUAAAACUCUUCAGGGUGUACUACAUGAAAUUGGAGGAACUGGUGCAUUUGUUUUCCUCUUUGCUAGGGUGGUAGAGAUUAACAGCUGUGAAGACACUCAAGCUUUAGCACUGCAACUUAUACUGUCUUUAACAAAAUACAAUCAACAGAGGAUACAGGAGAUGGACAACUGUAACGGUUAUUCUAUGAUUCGUCGAGUGUUGAUCAAACCAAAAUGCAUUGUUGGAUUUUCCAUGCUGAAGACUCUCCUUGAAGGAUGCUGCAGCGAUGAGAUUCUCUAUAUAAAUGAAAAUGGGCAGUUCCAGCUCAACACAGAUUCUACUGCAGUUAUUCAAGAUGUUCAGUUGUUGGAAAAGCUGCUGCUUGACUGGAAGAUAUGGUCUAAAGCAAAGCAAGGUGUUUGGGAAACUCUGUUAGCAGCUCUGGAAAUCCUUAUCAGAGCUAACCAUCAUCAACAGAUGCUUAACAUUAAACAGCUUUUGAAAGCUCAAGUGGUCCAUCACUUCCUGUUAACUUGUCAGGUUCUGCAGGAGCAUAAAGAAGGGCACCUUGCAUCCCUGCCUCGGGAGGUUUGCAGGUCAUUUGUGAAAAUAAUUGAAGAAGUACUUGGAUCUCCCCCAGACCUGGAAUUGCUGACACUGGUCUUCAAUUUCCUCCUAGCAGUUCACCCUCCCACUAAUACAUAUGUUUGUCACAAUCCUACUAACUUCUACUUUUCCCUGCACAUAGAUGGCAAAAUUUUUCAGGAGAAAGUUGAAUCACUUAGGUACCUGAGAAAUUCCAGCAGUGGUGGGAAGUCAGUAGACGGUGCUGCAUUUAUGAUUACAACUCCAACUGGAUUUGCAGCUUUACCACUGGAAGGGAGCUCUUCCAAGGCUAGUGUGCAGCAGACGAUAAGCUCUUGGGCACCUAAAAGGCUUUGUAAAAGCUUACCAGCAUCACCUACUUCCUCACCUCAAGUUCAUCGAGAAAGACUAACUGAAAGAAUGGGAAGGAGCAUUGAUGACCUGCAGAUUAUUGGUCAGCGUGACUACACUGAUCUUCAGGGUCGAACUGGUUUUGUAGGAAGUUCUGAAACCAUAAGGAAAGUACAGGAAGAACUCUUUCUUAGCAGUUGUGAGUCUGCAAAAACAGUUUGUGACUCAGAGCUAACAUCUGCUGAAACAUUUGAAGAUAUUGCAAAAGAAGUAGAGUUACCUGAAAAUGCAUCGGAGAGUAAAGAAGCAGAUGCAGACCUGAAAUGUAGUGAAGGUGGUGCUGCUGCAGCUGAGCCAUUACUGCGUCGCCCAGACAAUCUGAAAGGAGUGCCUUCACUUCAGAAGGGUCAGAGUAAUUUUGCAGGGUUGGGUUUAGCAUUUUCUGUUCUUGGACCUUCAUCAGCCAUUGCUCGCUGGCCAAGCCUUGCUGACAAGAAUGUACUUCCUGAAGAUUGGGACAGCUUUUUUUAUUCUUUUCUGCUGUAGACAAACUGUGAUAAACCGUAUUCCUCUGUUUUCAGAUGUACAGAAGACUAUCUUGUGCUUAUCUGUUGUGGAUUAUAUGAUCUCUUGCGUGGAGUUCUUCUAAUCCUACCAGAUAUCAUGCUAGAAGAUGUGAUGGACAAACUUAUCCAACCUGAUUAUCUUAUAGUUCUGGUGAACCACCCAUCUCCUCUCAUACAACAAGGAGUCAUUAAAUUGUUGGAUGCAUAUUUCAACAGAGCAAGGAGGGAGCAGAAGGAGAAAUUCUUAAAGAAUCGUGGAUUCUCCUUGCUAGCCAACCAGCUGUACCUUCACCAGGGGACUCAGGAAGUUGUAGAGUGCUUUUUAGAAAUGCUUUUUGGCCGCUCUGUUGGCUUGGAUGAAGAAUUUGAUCUGGAAGAUGUCAAGAAUGUUGGACUCUUUCAAAAGUGGUGUGUCAUUCCUAUUCUGGGUCUCAUUGAGAAUUCUCUCUAUGAUAACGUUCUGCUGCAUAACUGCUUCUGUCUCCUGCUGCAAAUCAUAAAUUCCUGCUCAAAAGUUGCAGACCUACUGCUUGAUAAUGGUUUGCUCUAUGUAUUGUGUAAUACACUGGCUGCUCUCAACGGGCUGGAAACAAACAUUCCCUUGAAUGACUACAAGUUACUUGCAUGUGAUAUACAACAGCUGCUGGUAGCAGUUGCAAUUCAUGCCUGCAGCUCCUCAGGUUCUCAAUAUUUUCGAGUUAUUGAAGACCUCAUGGUGCUGCUGGGUCAUCUUCAAAAUAGCAAAAAUGCAAGGAUGCAAAAUAUGGCAGCUGUUCUGCAGUUAAGAGUUCUUCAAGCAGCCAUAGAAUUAAUAAAAACAACAGCAAACCAAGAUACUCAGGAGCAGGCCAGUUCAGCCCCAUCACCUUCUGCACCACAUUGUACAAUGUUUCAAAAGCGUAAAGGCAUUGCCGGCUCCAGGAAGUUUUCACUUGCUCAGUCUGAUGCUCUGCUGAUAAAAAUGCGCACACUAGCAAGUGAGGAAUUCAACAUGAUGAUGCAGCGGAGAAUGAGCCAAGAAAAUCCUAUCCAAGCCACCGAGUCUGAGUUUGCACAAAGGUUACAGAGGCUGACUCUCCUAGCUGUUAACAGGCUCAUUUAUUUAGCCUCUACCGAAGAGUGCCUUGAUGUACUGGGUAUAACAGAAAACACAAGUCAAAGCAGACUUUCAGCAUCCCAGCUGGAAGUUCCUGAAGAGGAAAGCCAGCAAGAACUGCCUAGCAGAAUAAAUCCUUUUCUUAAAGAAAUGGUCAAAAUGUUGGUGGAAGGAAUCAAAGUAUCCAUUGGCACCAGCAGAAUGACAACACCAAAACAGCAGUGGAAGAGAAUCCUCUUGUCAUGUAAGGACACAUUCCGUACACUGCUUGGGAGGCUUCUUGUACACAGCUUGUCUCCUGCAAGGCCACUGCAAGAGAGAAAGCAGGCUCUGGAGAUGGUACCUGAAGUAAACCAUCAGGAGAUUUUGCGUGACUGUCUUAGCCCAACUUUGCAACAUGGGCCUAAAUUAGUGCUCUAUUUAUACGAGUUAAUGCACAAUCACAGUGAUGGAAUGACCAAAGAAGAACAAAAAGCAGUGGGAGACUUUGUGAAUACACUGAAAAGUUGUGGCUAUAAAUGCAUUCCCCUGAGCCCACGACCAAAACCAGAACUAAUAAAAGCUUUGAAAGAGGAUCAGAAGAAAUAUGAGAUGGAGGAAAGUGUAAACAAAGCUGCUUGGGAGAAGACAAUGGCUAAUAAUCGGCAGAAUCUCUUUCAACGUCUAGAUACAAAAUCUAAAGACAUCUCUAAAAUAGCUGGAGACAUCACACAAGCUGUGUCUCUGUCACAAGGAAUGGAAAGAAAGAAAGUAAUCCAGCACAUCAGGGGGAUGUAUAAGGCAGAGCUGAGUGCCAGCAGACAUUGGCAGGAGCUUGUUCAGCAGCUUACCCAUGAUCGAGCUCUCUGGUAUGACCCAGUCUAUUACCCAACUUCUUGGCAACUGGAUCCAACGGAGGGUCCAAACAGAGAGAGGCGCCGCUUGCAGAGGUGCUACCUAACUAUUCCAAACAAGUACCUUCUCCCAGACAGGCAGAAACAGGAAGGUGUGAUAAAAACUCCAUUGUCUUACCUAUUUGAAGACAAAACACAUUCUUCUCACUCCUCUACUGUAAAGGACAAAGCUGCAAGUGAACAUAUAAGAGUUAAUCGAAGAUGUAUAAGUGUAGCACCUUCUAGAGAAACUGCUGGUGAACUGUUGUUAGGAAAGUGUGGCAUGUAUUUUGUUGAAGAUAAUGCUUCAGACACAAUUGAAAAUUCAAGUUUUCAUGGAGAAACUGAGCCAGCAUCAUUUUCUUGGACCUAUGAGGAAAUUAAGGAAGUUCAUAAGCGCUGGUGGCAGUUAAGAGACAAUGCUGUGGAAAUAUUUCUAACAAAUGGCAGAACUUUACUCUUGGCUUUUGAUAAUACAAAGGUCCGUGACGAUGUGUACCACAACAUCUUAACUAACAAUUUGCCUAACCUUUUGGAAUAUGGAAACAUUACUGCUUUGACCCACCUGUGGUGCACAGGACAGAUUACUAACUUUGAAUACCUGACUCAUUUAAACAAACACGCAGGACGUUCCUUCAAUGAUCUCAUGCAAUAUCCAGUAUUUCCUUUUAUUCUUUCCGACUACACCAAUGAAACACUGGACCUAAAUGAUCCAUCAGUAUAUAGAAAUCUGGUCAAACCAAUAGCUGUGCAGUCUAAAGAAAAGGAGGAUCGUUAUGUGGAUACUUAUAAGUAUUUGGAAGAAGAGUAUCGUAAAGGAGCACGAGAGGAUGAUCCAAUGCCCCCUGUACAACCAUAUCACUAUGGAUCUCAUUAUUCCAACAGUGGAACUGUGCUUCAUUUCCUAGUUAGGCUGCCACCUUUUACCAAAAUGUUUUUAGCCUAUCAAGAUCAAAGUUUUGACAUCCCAGACAGAACUUUUCACUCUACCAAUACAACCUGGCGACUCUCUUCGUAUGAAUCAAUGACUGAUGUAAAGGAGCUUAUACCAGAAUUCUUCUACCUUCCCGACUUUCUAGUUAACAGAGAAGGUUUUGAUUUUGGAGUACGUCAAAAUGGUGACAGAGUUAACCAUGUCAAUCUUCCACCCUGGGCUCGUAAUGAUCCGCGUCUGUUCAUCUUGAUUCAUCGUCAGGCUUUGGAGUCUGACCAUGUUUCCCAGACAAUCUGUCACUGGAUUGACCUGGUGUUUGGUUAUAAGCAAAAAGGCAAGGCCUCUGUUCAGGCUAUUAAUGUCUUUCAUCCUGCAACCUAUUUUGGGAUGGAUGUUUCUGCUGUUGAAGAUCCUGUUCAGAGAAGAGCCCUUGAAACAAUGAUAAAAACAUAUGGGCAAACACCUCGGCAGCUGUUCCAUGCAGCACAUGUUAGUAGACCUGGAUCCAGGCUUAUCAUGGAAGGAGAACUUCCUGCUGCCAUGGGAUUACUAGUGCAGUUUGCUUUCAGAGAGACCAGAGAGCACACUAAGGAAAUAAUAUAUCCAAGUCCAUUACCAUGGAUAAAAGGCUUGAAGUGGGGAGAAUACGUUGGCUCCCCAAGUGCUCCAGACCCUGUCGUCUGCUUUAGCCAACCACAUGGAGAAAGGUUUGGCUCUCUCCAGGCUUUACCAACUAAAGCUAUCUGUGGUUUGUCCAGCAAGUUUUGCCUUUUGAUGAUAUAUAGCAAGGAGCAAGGUGUGAGAAGCAUGCACAGUACUGACAUUCAGUGGUCAGCUAUCCUGAGCUGGGGAUAUGCUGAUAACAUUUUACGGCUGAAAAGCAAGCAAAGUGAACCUCCAGUGAAUUUUAUACAGAGUUCACAGCUCCAUCAGGUAACAAGUUGUGCUUGGGUGCCAGACAGUUGUCAGCUGUUCACAGGUAGCAAAUCUGGUGUCAUCACAGCAUAUAUGAACAGAUUCACUAGCAAUACGCCUUCAGAGAUAGAAAUGGAGUCACAAGUCCAUCUGUAUGGACACACAGCAGAAAUAACAAGCUUGUUUGUGUGCAAACCAUACAGUAUAAUGAUAAGUGUCAGCAAAGAUGGAACCUGCAUAAUAUGGGAUUUGAACAGGCUGUGCUAUGUCCAGAGUCUGGCUGGACACAAGAGUCCUGUGACUGCCGUUUCAGCUAGUGAAACAACUGGUGACAUCGCAACAGUUUGUGAUUCAGUUGGAGGAGGCAGUGAUUUGAGACUUUGGACAGUUAAUGGUGAUCUCGUGGGACAUGUGCACUGCAGGGAAAGUAUUUGCUCUGUUGCCUUCUCUAACCAGCCUGAAGGUGUGUCUGUCAACGUGAUUGCAGGGGGCCUUGAAAAUGGAGUUGUAAGACUGUGGAGUACGUGGGACUUGAAGCCAGUACGAGAAAUUACGUUUUCGAAGUCAGCCAAACCUAUUGUAAGCCUUACAUUUUCCUGCGAUGGUCAUCACUUGUUCACAGCCAACAGUGAUGGAAAUGUUAUCGCUUGGUGUCGCAAGGACCAGCAGCGCUUGAAGCUACCCAUGUUCUACUCAUUCCUCAGCAGCUAUGCAGCUGGGUGAUGACUAGUAUUGCUGCUAAUUCAUGUCUCUGAUGCACUUUAAAUCCAAAAUCGAUUCUAGAAUCUCUUAUUUAACUGGAUUUUGAAGUACUUUGAAUGUCUCUAGAAUGACUGAAUAGAUUAUUUUUUUUAAAAAAAGAACAGUCUAAGGUGGUUGUAAAACUGCAUAUGUGCAUGCACAAACUUGAAGCAUAUCCAGGUGAGCAGGAAGCUCUGGUCAUAUUGUCCAAUACCAGCAAAGGGACUCAUAAAUGCUCUAACAUACAAGUCAAAAUGCUGCAAUAUAAAACACAACAGUAUUUUUUUAAAUCACUUCUUGGACAGAGGUAUUUAAAAAA